ACGCAGGCGCACGACAGACACAACGUUGCAGUUUCCGCCUUGGCUCGGCCGAUCUCUGCUGCCGCCGUCCUGCUAUUCUUCGGAGCACAUCCAGCCAUGGCAACCCCCGAGAGGAGCCUGGCCGAGUUUAUCGACUCACUGCAGCUGCCUGGCCAGCAGGCCGCCGAGCUGACGGCAGAGCUUCAGAAAGAUGCCGAACUGGUCUCGUUUCUCGAAGCUCGCGCCCAUUCGGGUCAGAAGAGCAGCAGCAACAGCAGCACCACCACCACGGCCACGACCACGACCACGACCACGACGACCACUCCCGCUACGACUACAGGUCUUUCCGCCGCUUGUCGCGUUCUUCAGACUGCUCUCGGGUCGGGAAAGGUUGUUAGCGCAGACAAUGAGACUGAAGUGAAUGCGACCUGGUCGGCAACAACGUGGCAGACACCCGCGUGCGCGGUGCUCCCGGACUCGGCCCAAGGGGUGGCGACGACGCUGCGGACGGCGCGCUUCUUCGGCGUCCCCUUCGCGGUCCGCAGCGGCGGCCACUCGCCCAACCCGGGCCACUCGAGCGUCGCCUCCCCGGGCAUCCUCAUCGACCUGCGGCGCCUCGACGGGAUCGCGGUCGGCCCCCGCGCCGCGACCGUCACCGUCGGGCCCGGCCAGCGCUGGGGCGCCGUCAUCGAGGCCCUCGACCCUCACAAGGUCACCGUCAUUGGCGGCCGUAACCCCACCGUCGGCGUCGGUGGGCUUAUUCUUGGUGGCGGCUAUUUUCACUUCUCGCCCCAGUUCGGCCUGGCGGCUGAUAACGUAAAAUCUUUCGAGGUGGUCCUUGCCGACGGCUCGAUCGUGAAGGCAUCGGCUUGCAAGAACUCCGACUUGUUCUGGGCCCUGAAGGGAGGGGGUCCCAAUUUUGGCAUUGUCACCUCCUUCGAGCUGUAUACCAUUCCCGUACACGAGGUUUGGGUCGAGGGCCUCGCCUUCUCUCCGGCGCAGGUGCCCGAGGUGUUCGAGGCGUACGCCGCUUUCCAAAAGAGUACCACGCCCGACAUCAAGGCCACCGUCAGCGUCGUCGUGUCGCUCGACAUCGUCCUCGUGGCCCUCCUGUACACGGAGCCUGCAGCGAGCAGGCCCCAGGCCUUCAGCCCCUUUGACAAGCUGACGCCCCUCAGCGUCAUAUUGCCGCCGACCAAUAUGACCGUCCUCCAGUUCUCGCAAAUCUCGGCAGGAACUCAGCCCAACACUGCUUCGCGCCACGACUACCGAGCCGCCUCCUCCAAGAUUGACGCUCAGCUCUACACGGACGUGUACAACAUCUGGCUUGAGCGGGCCACCAAGGUGAAGGAGGCCACGGGGGCGAACCAGACCUUUACGAUCCAGACCUUCUCCAAGAACCUGGUGCAGCAAGGUAUCAAGAAGGGCGGGAACCCGCUCGGGAUGCCGCUCGAGGACUUCCAAUGCUGGACGACCCUGAUGGACUGGAACGAGGCGGCCGACGACGCGGCGGUGCGCAGCGCGGCGAUCGAGACGACCGAGGCGUGGGCGCGCCUGGGCGCCCAGCGCGGCCUCGCCGUCGACUACCUCUACCUCAACGACGCCUCGCGCGACCAGAACCCGCUCGCCUCGUACGGCCCCGCCAACGUUGCCCGCCUCAAGGCCGUCGCGGCCAAGUACGACCCGGACCGCGUCUUCCAGACCCUCCAGAACGGCGGCUUCCUCUUGCGCGACGUGUGAUGUUUUUUUUUAAAAAAAUAAUAAAAAAAAAAACUGAGCGAGAAGGGGGGAGGGGCAGGUUGGCGGGCUGGUGGGUUGGCGGUUUUGGACGCGAACCUGUUAGGCACUACUACUAUUUGCGCAAGAAGAGGAAGAGGAGGCGGAAUUCAUGGUGUGCUUGUGACUGUGUAAUUAUGUGCUUGUGUGUGCGAGUGGUUCCUUUCCUACAGAAUCAGCUCCGUUCCGAAGGCUGGUUUCUACGGAAGACCCAAAUAUUUAUCCAGUCGUCUCCUGAAAA